AUGACAGGAAGACAAUCACGGAACACCACCGCCACAAACAAUCUCCCAGACACCGCUAACGUUAUUCUUGGUCUUUCCAACCUUAUCCGCGAGCAAGCACAGAAUCAUCACGAUCAGAUUCAACAACUUCUUCAAAGCCGCCAAACGCCAUCUACGCCUCAACCAAAUCCUCAAAGCCUAUAUGAACGUUUCCUUCGCAUGAAACCCUCUGAAUUUCAUGGUGAUCCCGACCCGGUCAUAGCCGAAGAAUGGGUCAAAUCCUUGGAAGUGAUCUUUGAUUACAUGCAAAUGGAUGACCGUGAACGAGUGCACUGUGCCCUCUUUCUACUUCGCAACGAAGCCCGGAACUGGUGGGAAGGAGCUAAGGAAGGUGUUGAACUCGAGAACUUGUCAUGGGAAGCAUUCAAAGUCCAAUUCUUCGAGAAGUACUUUUCCAAAGACGUUCGGGCCAACAAACUCAAGGAAUUCCUGGAACUCCGCCAAGGAGACCUCACCAUGACCGAAUACGUUCGAUUAUUCGAACGAGGAUGCUUGUACGCCCCAUUCAUCGCCAAGGACGCCGAAGAAAAGAAGAAUCACUUCACAAGAGGACUACAACCUGAAAUCCGAAGGGAUAUCCACAUGUCCGACGCCACUACCUUUCGCCAAAUGGUAGACAAGGCACUAAUCGCCGCUCAAGACGAAAACGAAAUUCAACAAGGGAAACGAUCCCAGCCACCCGUGCCACGACCUUGGAAGAAGGCCAAUUUUGGAAAUCAAAAAUUCAAGGGAAAGAAGGGAUACCGAAUUAUGCUUUCGAUGCAAAAAGCCCGGCCAUAA